GUAGCUUGACCACAGCCUCACACGCACACACACGCACGCACACACACGCACGCACACACACACACACACACACACACACACACACUCCGAGAAGAGACAACAUGAGUACAGUUUCAGAAUCUUUGGUUGGAAGUAGCAGAUCCUUGUCUGUAGCCAAGAGACACAAGAGUGUCAGGAAGAAUUCCAGGAGGAUUUAUUCAGCCUACCAGGAUCAUGAUCACAGUUCCUCUGAUGAAGAAGACAAAGCAGAUGAACGGGUGGACAGUGAUGAUCCAGAGGAGAUGUUUCAGAACAUUCAGUAUCAGAAGGAGAUCAUUGCCAACAUUCGGACAAGACCCUGGCCAAUGAGACGCAAGCUCAAAGUCUUGAAGCAUGCCAGAGAGAUAGUACUGAAGUAUGAGGGACGCCUGACAAGAACCAGAGGCUAUCAAACAGCAGGGGCAGAUAUGCUGAAGAAAAUGUCCCGAGUGUUUUAUAACAUUGUGGUUGUGUUUAUUCCUUGGGAAGUGAGGAUUAAGAAAAUUGAAAGUCAUUUUGGGUCGGGCGUCGCCUCCUACUUCAUAUUCCUUCGGUGGUUAUUUGGGAUCAACAUUGUCCUCACCAUUAUGACUGGAGCAUUCAUAGUGUUACCAGAGCUGCUUGCUGGAGCCCCGUUUGGAACCACAAGGAGUAAAACUAUUCCCAAAGAGCACCUGGCUUCUGCUCAGGACCUGGACACCAUAUGGUCCCUUGGGGGUUAUCUACAGUACUCGGUGUUAUUUUAUGGCUAUUACGGGAGGGUAAGGAAAAUCGGCAGUGCGGGAUACCGGUUGCCCCUUGCCUACUUCUUGGUUGGGAUGGCUGUCUUUGCCUACAGUUUCAUCAUUCUGUUAAGAAAAAUGGCCAAGAAUUCCCGACUAAGUCUAGCCAGUGCCUCAGAUGAAAACUUCACAUUCUGCUGGAGGGUAUUUUGUGCCUGGGAUUACUUGAUUGGAAAUCCAGAGGCUGCGGAGAGCAAAGGAGCAGCCAUCGUCAACAACAUCAGGGAAGCUAUUGUUGAAGAACAGGAAAAGAAGAAAGAUACCAGUCUGGCCGUUCUGAUCAGUUUGCGUUUAUUAGCCAAUAUCCUGGUGCUGAUGUCUCUGGCUGGCAGCAUCUACAUCAUCUACUUUGUGGUGGACCGUUCUCAGAAAUUGGAGCAAGAGAAACCAGAGCUGACGCUGUGGGAGAAGAAUGAGGUAAGUGUGGUGGUUUCUCUAAUCACCAUGAUUGCGCCAUCUGCCUUUGAGCUUGUAGCUCAGUUAGAGAUGUAUCAUCCAAGAACAUCACUGCGUUUCCAGCUGGCCAGAGUGCUUGUUUUAUAUCUUGGGAAUCUCUACAGUCUCAUUAUUGCCCUCCUUGAUAAGGUCAACAGUAUGAGCUCUGCAAUUCCAGUGAGUCCAGCAAACUGGUCUAACACCAGCUCCUAUUUGGCCACUAUUGCACAGCCUGGUGCAUCCAGCCUGUCUACCCUGGUGUCUGAAAUCUCCCAUCGCAACAGCACCAUAGCCACCAUUGCCACGAUGCUAGAUGUGACCAACAGAAGCAGGGGCAGCUCUGAGACCUUCUCCAACGAGACAGCUCAGUUUGAAAAGAACACUCGCUCUCAGCAGGACCAGUGCUGGGAAACCUACGUUGGGCAGGAGAUGCUGAAAUUGUCCAUCAUCGACAUGAUCUUUACAGUGGCCAGCAUCUUGCUCAUUGAUUUCAUCAGAGGUUUGGUUGUGCGCUACCUCAGUGACUGCUGCUGUUGGGAUUUGGAGAGCAAGUUUCCUGAAUACGGGGAAUUCAAAAUAGCAGAGAAUGUCUUGCACUUGAUUUAUAACCAAGGGAUGAUCUGGAUGGGAGCGUUUUUCUCCCCUUGUCUUCCUGCCUUUAAUGUGUUGAAGCUGAUUGGUCUAAUGUAUCUCAGGAGCUGGGCAGUCCUCACCUGUAAUGUUCCCCAUCAGCAGGUCUUCAAAGCGUCCAGAUCAAAUAAUUUCUACUUGGCGAUGCUGCUCUUUAUGCUAUUUCUGUGUAUGUUGCCCACAAUAUUUGCCAUUGUAAGAUACCGGCCAUCACAGCACUGUGGACCAUUUAGCGGUCAAGAGAAAAUCUAUGACAUCAUAUCUGAAACAGUGGCCAGCGACUUUCCCCAGUGGUUCAGUAAAGUGAUGAGUUAUGUCACCAGCCCUGUAGUAGUGUUACCAGCACUACUGCUUCUGUUCAUGCUGAUAUACUAUCUCCAGGCCAUUGCCAGGUCUCUAACAUUCACCAACAACCAGCUGAUGAUCCAGCUCCAGACAGAGCGCACUGAUGAUAAAAAGAAAGUCGUCCAGAUCACUGCAGCACGACUUCAGGCUCCAGGAGAGGAAGUGGGGGAUCCAAAGCCAGAUGAACAGGAGAGUGACAUCACUAGCCAGGAUCCGUCCAUCCAAACUCCCUCCCCACAACGGAACGGCAGCAUCACAAACUUCCAUACUCCUCGGCAGCCCAGUAACAGCAUUCGCACAAUUACUCAGUCUGCAUCCCGGGGAGAGCUGAACAGACCUGUGGCUGGAUCCUCCAGAAGUCCUGCCGCACACACCAAACAUAGGCACACACCGUUUCUUGGAGGCCAGAGUGGUUCCUGUCACUCCAAGUCUUACUACCAUAAGGCGUACAAUCACCCACCCAGAUCUUCUGACAACAUCCACUCAGACCCCCUGUACAGGAAGACUCUACAUGCUAUACAUCCUGUUGAACCGGCUGGGAUCAUUACUGCACACAACUAUGGGGUUCGCCGUGGUCAUGCCACCCGCUACGUGAUUGUCAAUGAACAUGAACCUAGGAAGAAGCUGCUUCGCUCUGCCACACGUAUCCCGCGCCAUUACUUAAUGGAGGAAGAGCCAGGAGAGAUUCUGGAGCUCUACCCAUGCAACAUCAAGCGCUACACUCCUCGUACCCCACACCACCAAGCACACCCACAUAGAUCUCACCUGUCCCAACAAAAUCUGAAUGGAGAGGAGGAGAGAGAGGGGAAACGCAGAAGAAGAAUAUUGUUGGAGAAGGCUCAUCGACCCUUUUCUCUAUCUGACCUUCACCAGCCAGCACGCUUCUACAUUGGUGACAGAGUCAAGAGCAACAGAGGGAUGUACAGAGCCCAGGAAGAGGAUGAUGAAGAGGAAGGUGAUAUCAGAUGGAGAAGUUUAAAGUCACGGUCUCAAGACAGUAUAAGAGGAGCAGAGUCUCUACUGGUCAGAACCAGGCACCCCAUGAAUUCUCCAGGAAGACAUGGCCAGUCCCCAACCAGCAGUAGGCAUAUGGAGCCAUGUGUGAAAUCAAAGACAAGACCAAAGUUGGAGCACGCUCUGACUGAGUCUGACUCCGCCUCCCUGGCCUCAAGCAGUGAUCAGCAGAACAGUGGUACAGACCAGUACAUUCAAGUCAUCCACAACAAGGAGCGUGAUCUCAAGUCUGACACCAGGCAAGGAAAGUUAUCCAAAGAGAGGUUGAAACUAACCUUGGAUUCCCUUGAAUCAAAUGACCUGGUUUGUUCCAAUGUAUGAUAUUUUGGAACAGCUACCGUGGUAAUAUUAUGAGCAAAUGUGCGAAUUUAUAGUUUAAGCCAAUAGAAAUGUAAUUUUAUUUUCUUGCUCAUGUAGUCUUCUUGUAUUGUUAAUGCAUUAUUGUAACAAUAUGUAAAGAUAAAAGCUAAUUGUGUUUCAAUCAGUUAGUGUGAAGCGUUCCAUCAAAAAUAAUAAUUAGUCUGAAUGCACAUACAAUAACAAUCAUCAUGUCGCCUUCAUUUGACACAGUCCGUAAAUUUUAAAACAUCAGUAAACCCAAUAAAUAACAAUGAACUUAAACAUUCUCUGUGAAUUCUCCUGGUACAGCAGGUUGUCAAACUAAUUUUAACCGCAGGCUUCAUCUGAGUUAUGGUUGCCAUCAGAGAACCAAUCAUAACAGUGAAACCAUGCAUAUAAUUUUACAGUGCUCAAUUUAAAUGAGCAUAUUCCCAAUGAGUAAGCUUUUUAUCCAUUUCUCUGUGAUCAGAAAAGCAUUUUUUUUAAAUCACAAUUAGACUCAACUGCAGUUGAAUUCAAACCAUUCAUAUCUAAAAUUUAGCUUUUCUAGACUUUAUUGGAGUGCAAUUUUCAUUUAUUGCAAAAUGAAAUUCAUUUGUUGGAAAAAGUGUGGGCACAUUGACACAUUUAAUUUGCAAUCAAUGGCCCACAUUCAUGAGAGUAUAUUGUAGUUUCAGGAAUGCUGAAUGCCGCCCCAUCGAUUCAUGUAUGCUCUCUACCCAAUAAAAUGGACGAGCUUCAUCUUCUCACAAAGACCAGUAAAGAGUUCGGACGUUCUGCUGCCCUGUGCUUCACGGAGACAUGGCUUUGUGAACGCCUCCCCAAUGGCGCCGUAAUGCCUCCGGGCUUCUAACUACACCGAGCGGACCGCGUCAUGGAGCCAUCGGGGAAAACGAAAGGUGGCGGAAUAUGCUUCUGUAUCAACGAAAAAUGGUGUACUGACGUCUCGGAGCUCAACACACUGCAGCCCGGAAUCGCUGUUUUUGAACUGUAAGCCAUUCUACUCGCCAUGCGAGUUCGCCUCUUUCAUCCUCAUGGGUCUCUACAUUCCUCCCCAGGCUGACACAAACGCUGCACUGCUAAUGCUUGCUGAACAAGGAAACGAACUUAAAAAAAAAAAAACACCCAGAUUCACCCCUCAUUAUUCUUGGGGACUUUAGCAAAGCUAAACUGAAACACAAACUCCCUAAAUAGAAGGAGCACAUUGACUGUCCUACCAGGGAAAACAACAUUUUAGACCACUGCUAUGCUACACGAAAUGACACAUACCGUGCUAUCCUCCGUGCAGCUCUGGGUUCGUCUGAUCACUGCUUAGUUCACUUAAUACCAACAUCCAGGCACAAACUUAAAUGUGCGAAGCCGAUGGUGAAAACAGUGACGAAGGGGACCAAUGCAAAGAUAGAACUUCAAAGCUAUUUAGAUGUCUUUGAAACUUCAACUGGCAGCCUGGAUGAAUAUAUAGUGUGUCACAUCCUACAUCACUUUUUGUGAAGGUCUGUGUACCAAGAAAGACAUUUUGGACAUUCAGUAACAACAAGCCGUGGUUCACUGCCAAACUAAAGCAACUUCCCCAGGCUAAAAAGGACACCUACUGGAGUGUGGAAAGAGCCCUGUACAAUCGCACUAGAAAUCAGAUAACAAAAAAAAUUGACAUCGCAAAGAGAAAUUGUGCAGCAAAGAUGGAAAAACAAUUUAAAUCAACGACUCUAAAUCAGUAUGGCUAGGAUUAAAAUUGCUAGCCAACUACAAGCGACCAUCCUCCCAAGCGGCAAACAAAAGAGGAUUAGCUGACGACUUCUACUGCAGAUUUGAAAUGGACAGUUUCAAACCCCACAUCCAUCCUGUUGUACCACCAACCACCAUGGCACCUCUGACUUCUGCGUUGACUAUUCAUGAACAGGAUAUGAGAUGCAUCUUCAAACUACAAAAGAUCAACAAAGCGGCGGGUCCAGAUCUUGCGUCCCCAUCCUGCCACGAAGUCUGCGCGGACCAGCUCGUUCCAGUCUUCACACAGCUCUUCAAUAGAUCUCUGGAACUGUGUGAAGUACCAUCCUGUUUUAAACGCUCAACCAUCAUCCCAGUCCCUAAGAAACCUGCAAUUCCGGGUCUGAAUGACUACAAGCCUGUCGCCCUGACAUCUGUGGUCAUGAAGUCAUUUCAACGCAUCGUGCUGGAUCACCUCAAGUGUAUCACAGGACCCCUGCUGGAUCCCCUCCUGCUGGACCGAGCAAACAGGUCUGUGGAUGAUGCAUUAACAUGGGACUGCACUUCAUCUUAGAACACCUCGAGGAUGCGGAACUUACGCUAGGA